GAUCUAUCCGAUUGACCAAUACGAUGUUGCCCUCCGACUUUGAUAUCGAGGAUGUUAUCGCGAAGACGCCGAUGUCCGACAAAAUCAAGCUGCUUGCAGGCUUGGGCUGGUGGCACACACACCCUGUUCCCAAUGUUGGAAUUCCAUCGAUACGCAUGAGCGACGGACCGAACGGCGUUCGUGGCACGCGAUUCUUCAAUGGCGUACCCGCCAGCUGUUUCCCUUCGUCUACCGGACUAGGCUCCUCGUUUGAUUUAGAUCUCGCGCGUAAAGUCGGGGAGGCGCUUGCCGACGAAUGUCGUGCCAAGGGCGCUCAUGUGCUACUGGGUCCGACCGUUAACACUCAGCGUUCACCCCUCGGUGGACGAGGUUUCGAGUCCUUCUCGGAAGACCCUCACCUGAAUGGCCUGAUUGCCGCGCAUUACAUCAAGGGCCUUCAGUCAAAGGGAAUAGCCGCAACUAUAAAGCAUUUCGUUGCGAACGACCAAGAGUAUCAAAGGUUCUCCAUUAGCAGCGACCUGAGCGAACGCGCUCUGCGUGAAAUAUACCUGAAGCCUUUCCAACUUGCUCUGAAGCACGGGGACUUCUGGGCUCUCAUGACGGCAUACAAUCGGAUCAACGGGACGCAUUGCUCUGAGCACAAGGGCCUUCUGAUUGACAUCCUACAGAAGGAAUGGGGUUACACAGGCUUGAUCAUGAGCGACUGGAUUGGCGUAUACUCGACUGUGGAGAGCAUCCAGGCCGGGCUUGACAUUGAAAUGCCCGGUCCCACCGCAAUGCGGGGCCCUGCAGUUCAUCGCGCGCUUAUCGGCGAGAAGCUCUGGCCAUCAGACAUCGACGCUCGCGUGCGCAAGAUACUUGGAUUGCUAAAGCGCGCCUAUGCGUCCGGCGUACCCUUCGACGCGCCCGAGGGCGGAGUCGAUACACCGGAGCUCAGAGCCUUGCUCCGUACUGCCGCCGCCGACGCCAUCGUGCUCCUCAAAAAUGACAAGAAGCUUCUUCCACUGCCGAAGGCGCCCCGCAAGAUCGCUGUGAUCGGCCCCAACGCUAAGCAGGCUAUGACGAGCGGCGGCGGAUCGGCAAGGCUGCUGUCGACCUACACCGUCUCUCCCCUCGAGGGCAUCACGGAGGCCGCCAAGGAGUUCGGCGCCGAGGUGAAGUUCGCCACGGGCGCGCUGACGAUGCGCUAUCUCCCUUUGUUGGAUGGUUAUAUGCACCUGCCGGGUUCCGAGAGCCUAGGCGCCUUGAUGGAGUUCUGGAACGAAACUCCUAGCGACGACUUCUUGAACCUGAACCCAAACUUGACGCAGUCGCUGCCCACAUGCGCGUGGAGUACGCCGACGCAAAGCAGCUACGCCUUUCUCGUCGACGGCGUGCCGGAUGACAUCGUCAACGAGAUCUGUUGGAUUCGAUUCACGACGGACUUCGUCCCAGACGAGAGCGGUGACUUCAAGGUAUCCCUCAACGUUGCAGGAUUGGCCAAUCUGUUCGUAGACGGCCAACUCGUGAUUGAACUCAGCGACGACCCGGCGCAAGGCGAAUCGUUCUUCGGGAACGGAACGGUAGAUAAGGAGGCCGUCGUCAAAGACCUGAAGGCCGGAAAGUCGUACCGCUUCGAACUCCGCCUGAGCAACCAAGCCUUCAUGUCACGGGCCAGCCCGUUCACUUGCCGGGGUGGAAUAAGGCUCGGCGCGUGGAGAGACGUCGCUGUCGAGGAAGGGAUUCAUGAAGCAGUUGCUCUUGCGAAAGAGAGCGAUGUGACAAUCCUGGUCGUCGGCUUGAAUCACGAUUGGGAAAGCGAAGGUUUCGACCGUCAAGACAUGAAGCUUCCAGGAGCCACCAACCGCCUUGUCACCGAGAUUCUCCAGGCAAAUCCCAACACGGUGGUUGUUCAGCAGUCCGGUACACAGGUGGAAAUGCCAUGGGUUGACGAGGCUCCGACCUUAUUGCAGGCUUUCUAUGGUGGUAACGAACUCGGCAAUGGUCUGGCGGAUGUGAUCUUCGGGAAGGUUAACCCUGCGGGAAAACUGUCGUUGAGCUUCUACAAACGCUUAGAAGAUGCCCCCUCUCACCCGUCCUUCGGCGAUAAAGGACAGGAGUAUGGGAAGAUACUCUACAAUGAGGGUAUCUUCGUCGCCUACCGUGGACUCGAGAUCAAGGAUAUCGCGCCGAUGUUCCCAUUCGGCUACGGGCUCUCGUACACGACGUUCGAAUAUUCGGACCUUUCUACCACCGCGAUCUCGUCCGAAGGCGCUUUCUCCGUUAGUUUCACUGUGAAGAACACGGGGGCCGUCGAUGGACGAGAAGCGGCACAGGUCUACAUUAGAGACGUGGAAUCCAGCCUCCCGCGUCCGGUGAAAGAACUCAAGGGCUUCGCGAAGGUUGCUUUGAAACCCGGAGAAAGCAAGAAAGUGAAGAUCGACCUUGACAGAGACUCUCUCAGCUUCUACGACGAUAGGAAGAAGAGUUGGGUAGCGGAGGCGGGAGUUUUCGAGGUCCUUGUCGGCGCAUCCUCUUCGGAUAUCCGAUUGAAGGCAACGGCGGAGCUGAAGAAUACGCUGACAUGGUCUGGGCUAUGAGCGUGAUUACAUAGAUCUUGUACUUGAUCUGUAUAGUAGGCUUCAUGAAUCCGGCUAGGUUCAAAUAUAUAUAUGAUGCGCGUGAGAGCAAUCGGC